AUGUCAUACCCUUUGCCUCCCAGAGCUUUUUUUCCGCCGGAGCCUUCUUGUGCCUCGGUUCAUUCUGUAUCAGAUGGAAUCAUCAAUGGGCGCGUCAAGGGCACGAAUGUGGAUGCAUUUAGAGAGAGCUUAUCGAGUUCUGUCAGUUCAUCAAGCGAAGGUUCUGGUCAUGGCGACAAUGAUGCUACAGGUGAUGUGUAUAUAUGGGGAGAGGGCAUUGGGGCAAAUCUGGAUUCUUGCGUGCCAAAACUGUUAGAAUCUGCAGUCACAUUGGAUGUUCAAUCCAUAUCCUGUGGACGACGACAUGCCGGUUUAGUAACAAGGCAAGGGCAGGUUUUCACCUGGGGUGAGGAACAUGGAGGACGACUUGGACAUGGUACAGAUCAUGAUGUCUCACAUCCUAAGCUCUUAGAUGGAAUCAAACACGUCAACAUCGAACUCGUCGCUUGUGGAGAAUACCAUUCUUGUGCAGUAUCUGUUGCAGGUGAUUUGUAUCUUUGGGGAAACAGUGGAUGCAGUACCCUAAAUCACAAAAAUGGGUAUGGUGCUGGAGCUGAAGCAAGUCAAUGGGUGCCAAGAAAGUUGAAGGGAACAAUGGAGGGGAUUCAUGUUUCGUCAGUCUCGUGUGGACCUUGGCACACUGCUGUUGUAACUUCAUCAGGGCAACUGUUCACUUUUGGAGAUGGAACUUUUGGAGUUUUGGGACAUGGCGACCGUGAAACCAUGUCGAUGCCACGGGAAGUGGAGUCUCUGAAGGGCCUUCGCACGAUGCGAGCAGCUUGUGGUGUGUGGCACACUGCUGCAGUUGUGGAGGUAAUCGUUGGAACUUCCAAUACAGACAGUAGUUGUUGUUGUUCGGGAAAGCUGUUGUUCACCUGGGGAGACGGCGAUAAGGGCCGUCUCGGUCAUGGUGGUAACAUGGAGACGAAGCUCGUUCCCACCUGCGUUGCUGCUCUUGGCGAAUCGAACUUCUGUCAGGUUGGCUGCGGGCACAGCAUGACUGUUGCAGUAACGACCACCGGGCAUGUUUACACGAUGGGGAGCGUUGCACCUGGUCGGCUAGGGAAUCCUCACGACGGCAGCAGCAGCAGCAGCAGCAGCAAGGGACCAGCUCUUGUAUUGGGGAAGCUUGCAGAUAACUUUGUGGAGGAACUGGCUUGUGGCAGCUUUCAUGUUGCUGUUUUGACUUCAAAUGGUGAGGUUUACACAUGGGGGAAAGGUGCAAAUGGAAGGUUGGGUCAUGGUGAUACUGAUGAUAGAAAUGCUCCCACGUUGGUUGAAGGUCUGAAAGAUAAACAGGUGAGGAGUGUUGUCUGUGGCACUAGUUUCACCGCCGCGAUAUGUCUUCUUCGCAAGUCGUCGGCAUCUGGUGGUGUUGUCGAUCAAUCGAUGUGCUCUGGCUGUCGCCUGUCGUUCAAUUUCAAGAGGAAACGGCACAACUGCUACAACUGUGGAUGCGCCUUCUGUCGUUCUUGCACCAGUAGAAAGUCUCUCAAGGCUGCAAUGGCACCGAAUCCGAACAAAUGGUAUCGAGUCUGUGAUCAUUGUUUUGGGAAACUUAGGAAUGCUAUUCAAACUGAGUCAACACGGAAGCUCUUGAGAUGA